GACAUGACUUUUUAUGUGGUACUUCGUUUUUGUUUCAAAAAAUAUCUGUCAUUUUCUGCUUGAAAAAAUAUAGUUUCUGAGAUAAAUUGAAAAUCAUUUUUGCUUUUUCUUAGUUUAUAUUUUUUGGAUUUGGCAUCCCAGCAUGUUCGAAAGAGCUUCAUUGUAGCCUAUGACGUCUUCUUCGAUUUGAAAGAGUAUGUCAAGAGACUGGGCAUGAGAGAAUCCUUUCUUAAAUUGAUCUUCGUUAUUAUCAAAUAAAGGAGUAGUUUUAUAAUUAGAACGCCAUUUUUUUGAGAAUGUAAGAAUUGGGGUGUGGAUGUGGGUAUGUAUGGAAAGAAUCAGCACACACUCACACCCAUACCAAGAGCCAUACACACGUCAUUUUUAUAUCAUGAAUAAAACAUGAUGAGGAUACGUCGAAUGGUAUUUAAGCAAACAUUCUCGCUGUCACAGUUUCGAAGAUAAUUGAUAAAAAAAAUGUGUCAAGAAAAGUAACAGUAUUACAUUUGAAUAAGACGUUUCACUCAAAACAAGAUAUUUUUUGAUUCAAACGACAAAAAAAAUCUAGAAACUUUAAGUAUGAGUAAAUUUUUAUAGGAUCAUACAUUUUUAUAUUUGAAUUUUGGACUGACUUGUUGGUCUAAUUUUGCAAACGUAAGUCAUAUAAAAAAUGACAAAAUAGAAAAUAAAUGAAAAUAAGAAUCAAAAUUGUAAUUUUUAUAUGCCGAAAAGUUGUUCACUAAUGUUGACUUUAAUUUGAAGCAAUCCCAGGGUUCUAUAGCUUUAAAUAAUGAUAUAGUCUUAAGAUAUUUUCAAUGUAAGGAAUAAAUAUCGCCUAUCCAUAAGUUAAUUAAUUUUUGUUGAAAAUUGUAGACUGGAAAACGAACCUUGCUAAGCCCCAAAUGAGAGCUAAGAGUAGAUUUCUCUAUGUAAAAAAAGAACGUAUUAUAACAAUCGAUUCUAGAAGAACAGCAUAAUAUGUUAAAAAAUAACUUCUAAUGAGCAUGUGAUUUUGCAGAUAAAACUAUGAAAAACAAAAAGAAAAACAAUAGAGAAAUUUCAGUUGUGUAGUCUGACGAAGUUUCUUUUGUCUAGAAUGUUCUUUAACAUACAUUUAACGUACAUAUAGAAAAACACAUUGAUAAGAAAACUAAUGAAAUAGUUUCAACUUCUAAUAUUGUUUUUGUUUUUAAUUUAAGAAUACAUGUAAAACUAUGAACUUUUUUUAUUCUUUUUCUUGAUCUAUGAAGAAAAUUGCAAGUUGGUUUGAACUUAGAAAAAAAAGCAAUUUCGUAAAUAAUUGAAUGUUCUCUCAUGAAGUUGCUAUAAUAUCUAAUAAUAUAUGUAAAGAAAAAGUUCUAUUAAAAACAAAUAUGAAUAUAAUAAAGAUUUUUUUUUUCUGUUUUAAUUAGUUUAUUUCUAUUAUUUCAUGACUCUCUGUCUCGCGCUAUGUCUAUUAGUCGGUAAAAGGAUGUGAGUAUUCCAAUGUUUUCUAUAUAUGUGCAUUUUCAUAAUUACAUUUUUCAUAGAACUCAAAAAAAAAAUUCAUUAUUUGUAAUAGAAUGAUUAUCGUGAUCUAUUUCUGUUUCCAAGCAAAACAAAAAGAACUUUAUUUAUUUGUAUUAAUGAUUUAUUAAUUACGUACGAUGACUUACAUUUCAACUCUACUAAAAUCUUUUUUUGAAGUCCACUAAUGCAAAGUGUAAGAUAUAAAGAUAGUCGAAAAGAAAAACAAAAAAAGAAAAACAUAUAUCAAUAGUUAUUCUAUGAUAAAUUAAAUAAUAAAGAAAACCAAAACGAAAACACCUCAGUGUCAAAAUAAGAAAUCUGAAACAAGUCAAAAUUUGGAACGAUGUUGAUUUUGCAAAAAAUUCAAAUGCACUUUUCACUUUUUUCUCCCUUAUUUUAUCCUCUCUCUCCUUUCUAUCUCGAUUUCAGUCCAUCCGUUACGUGGGAGUUCUAUUGAUAUUCAUCCGAACGCUCGAUGGCAACAAAAUGGUAUCACUGUAGCUGGAGGAAAUCGACAAGGCAAUGAAAUCAAUCAACUCUCAAACCCAUCGGGUUUGUAUGCUGAUGAUGAUCAAACAAUCUAUGUUGCUGAUCGAGCGAAUCACCGUAUUGUGGAAUGGAAACGAGGUACAACGAGUGGCCAAGUGGUUGCCGGUGGAAAUGGACCAGGAAGUGGAGAUCAUCAAUUGGAUAACCCAUAUGAUGUGAUUAUCGACAAAGAGAGAGAUAGUCUCAUCAUCUGCGAUUAUGGGAAUCAAAGAGUGGUUCGAUGGCCUCGUCGAAAUGGGACAAGUGGAGAAACAAUCAUCUCCAACAUCGCUUGUAUGGGUUUGACAAUGGACGAGAAUGGAUCUCUCUAUGUCACUGACUAUGGAAAACAUGAAGUGAGACGAUAUCGAAAAGGAGAAUCUCAAGGAACAGUGGUUGCAGGUGGCAAUGGAAGUGGAAAUCGUCUCGAUCAACUCUCUUCCCCAACAUACGUAUUCGUCGAUCGAGAUCAUUCAGUGUACGUAUCUGAUAGGGACAAUCAUCGUGUGAUGAAAUGGAUGGAAGGUGCAAAACAAGGCAUUGUCGUGGCUGGUGGUCAAGGAUAUGGAAAUAAUCUUACACAAUUGUCAUCUCCUUAUGGAGUCGUUGUCGAUCAAUUGGGCACUGUCUAUGUGACUGAUUUUGGGAAUGAUCGAAUCAUGCGUUGGCCUAAAGGAGCCACACAAGGAAGUGUCAUUGUUGGUGGAAACGGUAGUGGAGAACAAUCGAACCAACUCAAUAUGCCCAUCGGUUUGUCAUUCGAUCGACACGGUAAUCUCUAUGUUGUCGAUUAUGGAAAUCAUCGAGUACAAAAAUUCGAACUUCAAUCCAAUCCGAAGUAA